AUGGUCGACCUCAAACCCACACCACAUGGUCACUCAGCGCUGAGUGCAAUACCUCUCGAUGCCUUGGAGGGAACCACCACGCCGCCAUCUCGAGUUCCGACUCCUCUCAGAUCAACCCCUAAGAGCCUUCGACCCUAUGUCUACGCGUUGAUGGCAUUCAAGCAUGGCGCCCACUUCCAGGCGAAGCCCUCCAAGCUUCGCGCUCACCGAGCAAGCCUUCUCGCGGAAAAGGAGGGCCCUUUUGCUCCAGCUCUUCUGACUCUUUAUGCAGGUAUUGCAGUGGCUUUCGGCGCCGAAGGCUCUGCAGUCGUGGCUGUUGCAAUUCACGAUAAUACCUACCUCAUCGACUUCUCGGUCCAAACAAUUCAGCUUGAGGACGCAACUGGCGAGGACCCAAUCGCAGACUAUGUCGUUGGUGAGUUGGAGAGAUAUGAGCAUGUCAAUAUCGCCAAAUUCGUUGGUGCCGGUCUCCCCACCGAGCUUCUCAAGAAAGCCCCCAAGCUCUGCUCGAGACUUUGGUUGGAUCUCGACAUCGUUCCAAUCUCAAUCGUCCCCGAACUCGAAGGCUACGAGAUGAGUUCGAAAGAGAAGAGCUUUUGGAAUUCCAAAUGCGUGGAUGAGCAGGCAGAUUCCAUGGCGAGAAAGUGCAUCAUGCAUUUCGGUCCAAGUCUCGCGCCUUUACUCCAAGUCGGAUACAGAGGUAUUGUCGAGAUCGACUCUGGUGGACGGGCACACAUUCUUAGCCUUGACGACUUCAAGAGAUCGUGUGAAGCCCCCACGUGGGAUGCGAUGAUGCACUUCGUUACAUCCUUGAAGAAGGCCGGAACCAAGAUUGCAUUCUUCAGCAGCACACCACAAGGAGGUGGAGUCGCCUUAAUGAGACAUGCUCUCGUUCGAUUGGCAGACCUCCUGGGAGUCGACCUGACAUGGUACGUCCCGAAGCCGAAGCCAGGUGUGUUCCGAAUCACCAAGACCAUGCAUAAUAUCCUUCAGGGUGUUGCCGAGCCGGGUGUCAGUAUUAGCGCCCAGGAGAAGCAGGUACUAGAGGACUGGAUUGAUGAUAAUGCAAAGCGCUACUGGUUGUCGGCAGGUGGUCCUCUCCGUCCGGUCGAGGAAGGCGGUGCAGAUGUCAUUAUGAUCGACGAUCCCCAGAUGCCCGGCCUCAUCCCUCUUAUCAAGAAGAUCACUCCCCAUCGCCCGGUCCUCUAUCGCAGCCACAUCCAGAUCCGAGGCGACCUCGCUGUCAUGGAAGGCACGCCGCAGGCCGACGUUUGGCAGUUCUUGUGGCAGAAUAUCAAGCAAGCGGAUAUGUUCAUCAGCCACCCGAUUCCCUCCUUCGUGCCUAGCAAUGUCCCCAGCUCGACGGUGGCGUAUCUGCCAGCAACCACCGACUGGCUUGACGGUCUGAACAAGCCCAUGAACGAGUGGGACCAAGGAUACUACGGCCACAUCUACAACGAGCAGUGUCACGCCAUCCGAAUGACACAACUAAAGUGGCCCCUCAAGAAAUACAUCAUCCAGGUCGCGCGAUUCGAUCCCGCCAAAGGCAUCCCAGACGUCAUCGCCUCCUACGCCGAAUUCCGCCGCCUCCUCACCGCAUCCAACCCCUCGCUCGCAGCCCCUCAGCUCGUCAUCUGCGGCAACGGCUCCGUCGACGACCCAGACGGGACCCUCAUCUUCGACCAGACGAUGAGCAGCCUGGAGACGCACUUCCCCUCCCUCGUCGGCUCCAUCUCCGUCAUGCGGCUCGCGCCCAACGACCAGCUCCUCAACACGCUCCUCUCGGCCGCGCACACGGUGCUCCAGCUGUCGACGCGCGAGGGCUUCGAGGUCAAGGUCUCGGAGGCCCUCCACAAGGGCAAGCCCGUGAUCGCCACCCGCUGCGGCGGCAUCCCGCUGCAGCUCCAGCACGCCCGCAACGGCUUCCUCGUCGAGCCCGGGGACUGGCGCGCCGUGGCGGGGCACCUGCUCGAGCUGUGGACCGACGACGCGCGCUACGAGGCCAUGAGCGCGUGUGCGCGCACUAGCGUGAGCGACGAGGUCGGCACCGUGGGUAACGCCCUGGCGUGGUUCUACCUGGCGGAUCGCUGGGCUAAUGGGACGGGUGUCGUGCCGCGGGAGCGGUGGGUCAAUGAUCUUGCGAGGGAGGAGGCGGGCGUCCCGUACCGAGAGGGCGAGAACAGACUGCCGCGAAACUUCGGACGUGCUUGA